AUACUAAAUCGGAUCGCCCCCAGGAUGGAGCCCACAACAUGUGCUACACAUUUACCUUGGAUAACUUUUCCACAAACAGAAUCGAUAUAAACAACCAACGCACAGCAUCCAACAGAGUGGCUGAAACAGCACACGGAACACAGCACGACAGCAACAGGAACAGGGGCAUUUCAUUGACCAGACAAAACUUUUCCUAUAAAACCAAAGCAAAAGCUAACCAACACUUCGCAGCCAUUCUCUCUCUCUCUUUCUCAUUCAGCAGCAAGAUGAGUGAUUUGAAGUCCAAGUUCGUGGAGGUUUACAAUAUCUUAAAACAGGAGCUUCUCAAUGACCCUGCCUUUGAAUUUACUGACGUUUCUCGCCAAUGGGUCGAACGUAUGCUGGAUUACAAUGUUCCUGGAGGGAAGCUGAACCGAGGGCUUUCUGUUGUUGACAGCUACAAGUUACUGAAAGAAGGGGAAGAACUAACAGAUGAUGAAAUUUUUCUUUCAUCUGCACUUGGCUGGUGUAUCGAAUGGCUUCAGGCUUAUUUUCUUGUUCUUGAUGAUAUCAUGGAUGGCUCACAUACACGUCGUGGUCAACCUUGCUGGUUCAGACGUCCGAAGAUUGGUAUGAUUGCCGUAAAUGAUGGCAUAAUACUUCGCAACCAUAUCCCAAGAAUUUUGAAGAAGCAUUUUAGGGGAAAGCCUUAUUAUGUGGACUUGUUGGAUUUAUUUAAUGAGGUCGAAUUUCAAACAGCUUCAGGACAAAUGAUAGACUUAAUUACUACAAUUGAGGGGGAGAAAGAUCUAACAAAGUAUUCAUUGCCACUUCAUUGCCAGAUAGUUCAGUACAAAACUGCUUAUUACUCUUUCUACCUUCCGGUUGCUUGUGCUUUACUUAUGGCAGGCAAAAAUCUUGAUGAUCACAUUGAUGUCAAGAACAUUCUUAUUGAAAUGGGAAUCUAUUUUCAAGUACAGGAUGAUUAUCUAGAUUGUUUUGGCACUCCUGAAGUGAUUGGUAAGAUUGGAACUGAUAUUGAAGAUUUUAAGUGCUCUUGGUUGGUUGUGAAAGCAAUGGAACGUUGUAACGAAGAACAGAAGAAAUUGUUAAUUGAGAAUUAUGGGAAAGCAGAUCCAGCCUGUGUUGCAAAAGUAAAAGAGCUUUACAAUACUAUCGAUCUUCAGGGUGCGUUUGCAGAGUAUGAAAGUGCAAGUUAUGAAAAGUUAAUCAAAUCCAUUGAAGCUCAUCCCAAUAAGGCCAUUCAAGCUUUGUUGAAGUCAUUUUUAGCCAAGAUAUAUAAGAGGCAGAAGUAGGACCUUCACGACCUAUCGACCAAGGAUGAUUAUCAACAAGGACUAGACCAGUAGCUGUUUGAUUUGGUUUUUUUUUUAUUGGCCCUGUUUUGUGUUGUAACCUCGAAAUGGAAAAGAAUAAGUGUGUAUUUUUUAUGAACAUCUGAUUUACUUCUGGUUCUCAAUCAGCUUACAUUUUCACAGAAGAGAAUAAAAGUGUUCUCAGAACUACUUGUAACUUGUUGGAGGGUGAUUUCAAUAGAUUCUCAAAGUUGGAGGAUAUUAAAUUUAA